AUGACGAAGGCGCCGGACAGCCCUCUAAAAGCCGGGGCGCUUUUUGCACCUUUUCUGCGCCAGGCCGAGAUCAUCGCACCCCGUCCGCCAGAGGAGCCAGAAGAAGCAGUGAGGCGGCCGGGAGGCUACGAUCUGCACUUCCGGCUCGACCUCUCGCUCAAUGAGUCGGUGCGCCGCGCCUGCGGUCGGCGGAUCGAUCCGACGACGAGCUUGGAGUAUCACAUCGAGGACCAUCCUCCUCCGAAUAAGAAGUCAGUGAUCUACGAGAGGCUGGAGCCCGCUGACUGCCUGGAGAAGUCGAUGGGCACACUUACUCAGCGCAUCCACUUGUUCGACGUUUCGCAAGAGGAGGUGGACGGGAUCUUGGGCCACUUCGGCCCUUACCCCGACGUGCCCCGACUGGUGGAGAUCGAUGCCAGCGGCAGCAGCGACUCGACCUACGAAGCGGUGGAGGAGCAGGUGGCGCUCCUGCUGGAGCGGAAGAAGGAAGUGCUGGCGCAGCAAAAGGCCGAGGCCGAGGAGGCCGAGGCCGCCCAGAAGGCAGCGGAGGAGGCCAAGGAAGCCCAAGAGGAGGCCCCAGGUGAGCCGGCAGAUGGAGCCGAGGCCGCGGCAGACCCUCCCGCCGAGCCUGCCCCAGCCGAAGAACCGGAGUCCACGGAUCCUCCACCGGAGCCGCCUUUCGAGCCGGUCCAGCUGCGGGAGCUGCCCUCUUUCGUCGAGAAGAUCGAAGAUCAGGUCUUCAACCUCCUGAUGCAGGAGUGGACGGAGCUCCAGGAUGAGUUCGUGGCUUCGUUGCAUCAGCUAUUCAAUUGGCACCGAUGCCACCUGUCCGACUUCCGAAGCGGCCUCUACGGCAUGAAGCAGCGCUUUGCAGAGUACUUGCAGCGCGUGGACGGGAAGCAGUCCCUAGUGGACGACUUUGUCCUCAGCUUCAACGCCUUCACGGAAGAGUAUCCGGACAUGCGCAAACAGGAUGCCACAAAGGCAGAGUUCCACCUGCGAGCGGACGAGCUGCACAGCCGGCUGAAGACCGAAGUGGAGGACCAGCGGACGGCCAACCUGGAGCAGCUGGAGGCGCCGGCGGACGCAAUUGGGACGAGCUCAAAUCUGGGAAGUUGUUGCUCUGUCCUCCUUUGA